CCUUAGAACGGGAUUGUAGCAGGUUCUCAAACAGAAAUCGUGAGCGAGAACGUGUAUUUACCAAUAUUACCCUCAACUUUACCAUGCAUGAAAUUACAAAAUAAUGAUGAUAUAAUAGUAAGUCAUUAUAUCUAAAAAUUUAAUCUAUUAUUAAAGCAUCAGUAAAUAACUGAAGAUCUUCGUAGAAAUCAAAUGUCGUCGUGGGUAAAGAAGGCUGGGGUCCGACGACCACCGCCAAAAAGUGCAGGAGGUGGGCCAAAACCUCUCAGGUCUUUCAGAAGACCCCCAUAUCCUAUGAAAGAGGAGAGGAAAGAGGAUCACCAGGGAUUUGAGAGUUUUGAAAGCUUGGAAGAAGUGAGUGACUACUCUGGCGCACAAGAAUAUGAGCAUUCACCACAUCAGUCAAAUGCGAUUUCUUCUGAAGAUUAUGAUCUAUCAGAUCAACGCUCUGCUGUUUACGAGUGGUUCUAUCAACAGCUACAUGGUGAUGGUGCGAGACGGCCUACAGACUGUGUCGUCCUGUCUGUGAACAACCAGAAUUUGGAUUACCCCAAAUCGAUAGGCCAGUGUUUGCAGGAACGUGGCCUCUCAGUGGAAAUGCUUUACCUGCAGGCGGAAUCAGGCCUGACCCGGGCCCUACAAGAUGUCCGCUCCGACGGUUCCCCCUUAUGUAUUCUCGUCGAGCAGACUAAUGUAACACUCUCCUCAUGCACAGUAAUCAUAUUUUCAGAGUUCCUCAAAAUUCAUCGAAACAUGCCCAAAGAACAGGCUAUGGAGUUUGUGAUGGCGGAGUUUGGGCGCGUGAGUGGCUCACCCCGGGAGACUGACCCAACGGAGGCAGCGGCACGGGCGGCUGAGCUCACAGAGGACUACCUGGUGCGCACCAAGCUGGAGCGCCACACUGUUCCCUCUGCCACACGCCACCUGCUCUUUCUCCUGGCCGAAGGUUUGCACCUGUACCCAGAGGAGUUCAGCACACUGGCAGAGUACCUUCAAAACCGGCAGGACCAUCUGCAAGCAACUUCCACUGAAGUGGACAGUGAGGUGACCCCUGUGAUAAACAGUCUUCCUCCAGGUUUAGGAAAGCCCCCACCACUGCUACCUGCUGGCUUUGGACCACCACCAAGAGAGCGGACAAAACCAACCUCAGCCUCAGGAGAUGUACCUCCUGGCCAUCACAUGGGAUCACAAGGCUCAUAUCCCAAGACAAAACCACCACCUCUGCUUUCCUUGCACACUCUUAAGCCAUCUUCUCACAGAUCAACUGCCCCCCAAGGUCCUUCGCCCACACGUGCACCCGCAGUUUCUCAUGGACCUUCAUUUGUUUCCCAACCAUCUAGAGGGCUAUCUGCCCCUCAUGCUCUUGACAAACCACAACCACUUCUAGGCCCAGCAUCUCCACGCGGUUCAGCCCCGACUCGUAGCCCUCUUCUUGACCAUGUACCUCGUGGUUUCCACUCCCCUCAAGGGCUGUUGCCGCAUCCGGGGUCUCAUUCAGUGCAAAGACCAAUGCUCUGUACAACCCCACUGCAGAAUGGCCCCCGUGGUCCAAGGGCACCACCGCCUUCACUUAAGAGCCUUCAUAUGGGAGCCCCAACAGGUUCAAGUCCACGUCCCCUGCGACGCUUGCUCCCUUGAUUCUCUCAGGACAUCUGAUUGCAAAUGUAGGAUACAUUUUGACUUAAACUGUCUUAAGUUUUGUAAUCUUUUUUUUUUUUUGGCAAUACUAUCUGGUUCUCAUGAGGUGUUUAAAAUUUGUGGUGUUAUCUUUGUCUUUUCUCCCUUGUGCAGCUGUAAAUGAAUUUUAGAAUAAAUGUCAAACAUUUCAGUGGUAUGCAUUGAUCUUACCAAAUUGUGUUUUAGCAGAAGUGGCCUCAGUGCAAUGGUUGAAUACAUUUCAAUGAAUUAAAGAAGUUAAGCCGAAAAUGAGAAUUUUCUCAUGUUCUCAACCUCAGCCUAAAUGACUUUCUUUCCUCCACAAAAGAUGCUAAACCGAAUGUUAGCUCCAGUCACUUUCAUCGUACCAAUUUAUGUUCAUACAAUGAAAGUGAAUAGUGACUGAGGCUAACAUUCCACCUAACAUGUCUUAUUGUGUUCCACUAAAAAAAGAAAGUCACACAGCUUAAGAAGGUGAGUAUUCUUUUCAGAAUAUCCACACCAGACACAAUCAAACAAGGGGCAGUAGAUUAUCCUCACCCUAAAGAGACUUCAGAAAAGUUUUCACCCUACUAGCAUUUUCUUUUACACCUGUUAUUUUACAAAUGUUAAUACAUACAUUUCCAUCAAUAAGCUGAAUAAAAUGAAUGGAAUCGAAUGUUAUUCAAGAACAUUAAUUUAUCCAGAAAUCCAUCAAUACCUUAGUUCAGGGGUACUAUGGCAUUUUUCCACUGCACGUUACGGUUCGUCUCUGCUCACUUUAUUUUUCUGGGUGGGAUUAUAGGCUGAUCGUCAUAGUUGCAUCCCUCCAUCCAGCUCUCGUUGGAUUCUCUCCUCUGCUACUAACGAGUGGACCGUCUGCACCUCGCUUAUUGACCACGGUGUGGUUUUGCGCUCAGCCAUUUCUUUUUACAAUUAGAAAGUCGCAUGAACAAAUGAUACUGGUAUUGCUGUUGCUAAUUUUGAAACUGGUGGAUUGAUGUCCCGUGUCACAAAUCCAGUGAUGCUGGUAGUGGCGAUUCUCUCUGAACAAUCAUUGAUCUGCAGGGUUUUGACAUCACAUUUAGCAUUGGCUCUGCUCGCUUGGAACCUCAACCGAGGUGGUACUAAAAAAAAGUACCAGGUACUGUCCACAGUGGAAAACCCCCAAAAAGCCACCAGAGUCAAGUUGUACCAUGCAGUGGAAAAGCCCCACAAGUUCCAAGAGGUUUGGUCUCUACAUUUCCUUCCCAGCAAAGGUCCUGAUAAUAAUACGUAGUGUACAUGAUGUCAGUAGUCAUAUGGCUAGGAAAUUAUGUAUCUUUUUAUUAUGUAUCACCCGGUUAUAUACAGUGCAUAUGUAAAAAAAAUUGUCUAUAGUCCCACAUGAAUUUACAAAAUGUAUUUCAGGGUAAGUUUAUUGCUGGCAUGGUUUGGUAACUAUGUUAAAUAUGUUUUUAAAUGUAUAGGUCUUGUUAAUGUUCCUUUCAUUAGGCUACUAUGAAAAUUACUCUAAUUAAUAAACUAAUACUUACAUAAUAAACUGUUAAGCACUGUAUAACGAAUAUGAGUGUAGUAAU